AUGUCUCAGGAUGAGGAAAAAGAGGCUGCGAUCUCGAAUGAUCUCCCAGGCGCUGCGCACUCCGUAGCAAAGCAAACCAGUCCGCCUUCUAUAGCCUUUGGAGAGCGAGCUCUGAACGGCGCAUCAACGCCGCCUAGUGCGCGAAGGCCGGAGCGGAUGCAGAGCGGCAAAGCGAAGCGGGAACUCAGCCACGCCCGGUCUCAGUCACGACAUCAUCAUCAGCAGCAGGAUCUUAAGACCGUUGGCGAAUAUGCGUUGCAUCACCUCUUCAAUGCUUUCGUUGGCCAAGCAGAUCAGAAGAUCAAUCAAUGUAUCACUAACCCGGAGCUCCCUGAGCCCAGGGUUGAGCUCAUCUGUGGACCUGGUGUCGAUCCAAGUUUCGAUCAGCUUAUUUCAGCCUUGGGUCACAUCGCACGCCAGAAACCAAAACCACUUAUUGACACCUUGAUGUUUUGGCGCAAGGCCAAGAGCGAAGCCGCAACCAACGCAAGAGCGGAACUCGCGCAGUUGUAUCAGCAUCUCCAGCAGCGUGGCAUAACUCCACCAACAAACGGUCUUCUACCCCGUAGAAAUGCAGAAGGCAUCCAAACAAAUGUUGACGCCCAUACGAGUCACGCAGCGAAGCCAAGUCUGCAAAGUUCCAUAUCUGCACGCGAGACUGUCGUGGCGCAAGCCGAACGACGCUCGACAGUCUCAAUCUAUCUGUUGUGCCGGGUGCUUAUUGAGAUCAUAGGCCAGAGCAGCUUAGCAUGCGUUACCCCUGAGAUGGCCGACCGCCUUGAAGACAUUAUCUACACUCAAUUGACGGCAGCGGAUCCAGCAUCUUUGGACAGCUCGCCCCUCAGGCACGCUAAUUGGGUGAUAUUCAGUCAGCUGCUUGGCGUAAUGAGUGAAAUAAACUUUGAUCACGUGUCAGACAGAUUUGUUAAAGAUCUGGAGAAGAUGCAAAACCAUCUGGGCGUGAAAGGGCUGGCUAACAGAGAAGUCGAAGCGAGGGCUGUACUGAUAGUAAAGGGUAUGCGACAUCUGCGUGUCAGGUUCUAUCCAGAAGACGCCUGGGAAAGAUCGUGCGAGUUCAUGCAGUCGCUUGCGAAGCUGUUUGCCAAUGUGCAUGGACAACCAGUCAAAUACUCAUACUGUCAACUCUUCAGAGAAUUGCUACUGCCAAUAGCAGCAAAAGCCACCUCAGAACUCAAUGUACCACAGUGGAAAACCGCCAUCGACACGAUCAGGGCAAGACUACUCCUCAUGAUGGCCAAGCCAAAACAUUGGUUGGAGGCUUUUCCACUGAUGGCGGUGCUAUUGUGUGUCUCUCCAGUGGACGUGUUCGCCUCGCAGUGGCAGCAACUAGUUCUGCCCCUACAGUCCAGACUUAAGGAACGGACAACCCGUGCAGUUGCACUUAGAGGCAUCUGUCGCCUGGUCUGGACGUACCUGUACAGGAACUCUGAUACGCAGAAUGUUACAGUGCGGAAAUUGGACGAGAUUGUUCGUCUGGUCUUUCAACCCGGCAAGAAGUCGUAUCUCUCAACCGAGACUGCCAUUGCGGAGCCAAUCAUUCAGUUGAUACGUAUUAUUGGAUUCUCGCACCAAGACUUCUGCUUCAGGACAAUAAUCUUUCCACUGCUGAACUCCGAGCAAUUUGCAUCUGGGAAAGACCUGAAAGUUGAGAAUCUAGAGCCCGAAAGAAUGGUGAUCGGCAUUCGCGCUUUUCUUGCCAUUAUGGCCGAUCUCGAAAAGGGCGAGCAGCCACCAUUUCCUGUCACGUUCGACCACGAUCCUUACGUUGACGCAACCGAGAUCAUGUCCCUACCGGCGAGUCCGCGUCCAGUCGUUCAGCCGCCACCAAGGGCAACAACUAUCAAGGAAGAACGUCUUUCCAGACCGGUGACGACUGCGGGAUUUCCAGAGAUAACGAAGGAAUACUACAUCAGGUUCUGUAAAGUGCUAGGGGAGAUCACAAUCAUCUGUGACAACGCUUUCGGUGGGCAGGCUGUGUUAGACGAGAAGUUCUCUGCACAAACCCCAAAAACACCUAUGGCCGACGCCUUCAGUUUUGCCCGUCGCGACGAUAGUUAUGGUCCUGCGGACCCCAAGCAGGGAUUCUAUGAUCUGUUGCACGUUGCUGUCCAAGCGUUACCUCGCUGCUUGUCGCCGCACAUUCCAUUCAACUCCCUCAUCAACCUGCUUUGCACAGGCACAGCGCACGUGCACCGAAACAUUGCGGCCUCUUCGGCGCAGUCUCUCAAAUCUAUAGCUCGACAGUCGCAUGCACAACAAGUCACUGUCGGGUUCGCUCGAUUUAUCUUCAAUUACGACGAUCGGUACGCCACCAUGUCCGACGGCGGAAUGCUAGGUGCCGGUCACAUUGAGAACACGUUGAGGCUCUACGUCGAGCUGCUGCAUAUAUGGAUUGAGGAGAUCAAGCAGAAAAGCAAAAAGGCUACCGCGGAGCCUGGAGAAGAUGGGAUGUCAGGCAGCCGGGGUGCUCAGCUCGAUCUUUCAGGUGUUUGGGCCCACGUCGAUGAGAUCGAGUCCCAUGGGCUUUUCUUCCUUUGCUCCCCAUCCAGACGAGUUCGCUCCUUUGCGGUCACAGUAUUGCGGCUUGUCACUGAGUUCGACACUGCUCUUGGCAAGGACAGCACCAGGGUCAUUCGUAUCAUGGAGGGCAGCCCUCAAAAGGUCAUGGACGUCAAUGAUGAGAAGUUGUCUCUAGCCGAGCGAAGCCGCCUGCAGCGAGGGAUGAGGAAGAGCAACCUGCAAAGCACGCUGGUUGAACUUUGCAGUAGCGAUGUUGCCUACGAUUCUACCCUGUGGUUCAAAAUUUUCCCCAACUUGAUUCGACUCAGCUUCGAGGUAUGCCCCUUUGCGGUCACUCUGACAAGAGACAUAGUCUGUGCGCGGCUGUCUCAGAUGCAAAGGACUCUGGUCGCGCUGACUGAAGGAACACGCUCGGUUCCAUACACCUCGCUGGAAUCGGCGCAAAGCCGAGUUGUUGGCCGACUGGCGUCAACCGCGCCCGAACUUGUGGUCGAGCAGUGGAAGCUCUACUUGAUCUUCGCCUGCACAACGCUCACAAACGCAGGUAGCCAGCAACAAAGCCCUCCACAGCCGGGUCAGCAGCACAUACGGAACCCUUCAAAAUCUUCGCAGCGAAGCCAAAGCAAAGUCCAAUCAGCCGGAGAUCUCUUCGCUAGAGUAAUACCCUUCCUGGCCGCCGAGAGCCCAGCAAUUCGUGAAGCUGUUGCCGUAGGCUUAGGUUCCAUAAACGUGAACUUGUACCGCACCUUGCUGGAAUCGAUGCAGAACGCGGUCUCAACUUGCUCCGACGAGGCGAAAGUCCGCCUUACAACGCACCAACGCUCGGCCAGCAGUCCCCGUCGUAACCCUCACACCGAUCAUCUCCGGACCGAGAUCACUCAUGUUUACAAAUUGACAUCACACUUCCUUCAGUCCGCAGAAGCGUACAAUGACGAAUGGAUCUUGAACAACCUGGUCAAUUACACUAAAGAUCUCCGCUUGUUCCUCAAUGACGCCGAGAUACAGACUGAGUGGAGCUUUCACAAGCUGCGCACCCACUACUGUGGGUUAGUCGAGGAAUUAUUUGAGGGCAUCAACAAGACUAAGGAUCCCAUCCGAUGGAUGCCCUUCCAGGCUAGGAAGGCCGCGUUCGCCCUCAUGGAAGACUGGUGUGGUUACUCUCCCAAUCAGAGUCAAAUACGCCAGCGGGAAGACACAAUGCGGAGAUCGAUUCUUGACCGUGAGCACGACCUCGGCAACAAAGACAUUCGGACAGCUGCGAUGGAGAUAGAGAAGCGAAAUCUACGUACAGCGGCGCUUAGUGCGAUGGCAGCGCUAUGUGGCGGGCCGGUGAGUAUCACCACGGACAGUAAGGUCAACCUGCAAUUUGACGUACGCCGUAUGCUCUCGUGGAUCGACACUAUCUUCGAAACUGCUAGUGACAGGAUGCACGCCAUUGGACGUAGGGCCCUCAAAAACCUCAUCCUGCACAAUAGGCAACAUCCAUAUCUCCUCGCGCGAUCGAUCGAGAAGUGUUAUGUCGCAAAAUCACCAAAGGCGUUGGAAAGCUACUUUGAAGUCGUUACGCAGCUGCUGACAGAACGCGACGAUUUCGUUUUGCCCUUCUGGAAAGUGUUGGGUGCCGGGUUGUAUACACUCGGCAACGAAAGCAACGCACUUCGUAUGAAAUCCGCGCGUCUGUUGCGGACCGUCGAGGAACGGCUGGAAAGAAGCUCGAAGUUGCAGGACCUGGACAUUAGCAUCUCUGAUAAGACUAUUGCUGUUUACAAGCUGGCUCAGUUCGAGGUAUCGCGCAGAUUGGCGAACCAACACUCGGAACUCGCCUUCCACGUCUUCUCCGAAUUCUCCGUACACUUCAGGGAUUUGAACCCCGAUCACCAGCGGAACAUGGUAGCAGCGAUGUUACCUUGGAUUCAGACCAUCAAUCUCCAACUGGAUCCCAAUGGCGGUCCUACGGCAAAUUCGUACAUGGUUCUUGUCAACCUGUUCGAGAUCACUGUUCGGUGCGGGACAGCCCUUCACAAUGAAAUCCAAGCGCUGUGGCAAGCAUUGGCCACUGGUCCGCACGCGGGGAACGUACAGCUUAUCCUUAACUUCAUCAUAUCUCUGUGUCUCGACAAGAGGGAACAGAAUUUUGUGGAUUACGUCAAGCAGAUCGUAGUCUAUAUGUCCAGUACACCAGCAGGGCUUAAAGUGGUGGAGUUCUUACUUUUGCAAAUAACACCGAAGGCCAUGGUCACGGAGAAGCGAGAGCCUACUCUUAUACCGCCAGACGCUGCAGCGUUACCUUACUUAGCAGACUUGGGUCAGGUCCUACCCACCAGCAACAAGCAGACAGGAUUCUCCAUGGGUCAGCUGUGCCUAGUCUUGCUAGUAGACCUUAUGGUGCCCCCUCUGCAGCUAGCAAAAGAGCAGAUACCAUUGCUGUUGCAAGUUGUCCUUGUCCUGUGGGACCAUUACACGCCGCUAGUUCAAGAUCAGGCACGCGAGAUGCUCGUCCAUCUCAUCCAUGAAUUGGUUAUCUCGAAAAUCGAGAACGACCGUACAACUCCGGACAAGCGUUCCAUCGAGGACUUCAUUGAGUCAGUUCGUCGAAAUGACCCAAAGGUUGUUUGGGGCUAUGAGGAGAACAAUGGUGAUCGUGAAGAUGACCUUGGUCCCCGAGUGCCUGCAGCCAUGGCCUAUGUCGCCGACGAAGUCCUCAAGAUAUUUGGAUUGAUGUAUCCCGGCUUCCGCGAGGAUUGGGGCAAGAUGAUCCUACACUGGGCUACAUCUUGUCCGGUGCGCCAUUUAGCAUGUCGCUCGUUCCAGUUGUUCCGUUGCGUGUCCAGCACAUUGGAUCAGCCAAUGCUUGCGGACAUGCUUGCACGUCUAUCAAACACAAUCUCUGAUGACGAAGGGGAUAUCCAAACGUUCUCUAUGGAGAUCGUCACAACGCUCAAGACAAUCAUCCAAUCACUGAGUUCUGAGGAUAUCAUGCAAUGCCCUCAGCUAUUCUGGACGACUUGCGCAUGCUUGGAUACGAUCCAUGAGCGGGAAUUCAUGGAGAGCUUGGAUAUGCUGGACAAGCUACUCGACAAAAUCAACAUUGGCGACCCGGCUGUUGUCAAGGUCCUCAAAGACUGCCAGCCCCAGAAGUGGGACGGCGGGUUUGCAGGGUUAGCGGGACUCAUCUACAAGGGGGUCAGAUCAAGUAUAUGCCUCGACCGAUCGCUCAGAUUGCUCGAGAGGCUCGUUGCCCUCCCGCCGAACGAGCUGGUCGGAGACAACAGCCGUCUGCUUUUUGUUGUCUUAGCUAAUUUACCGCGCUUCCUUCGCUCCUUCGACGAGGAUGUCAGGGACCCCCUCACAUUGUCUUCAGCAACGACGCUGGCUGCAGUGGCGGGGAGUCAGAACUGCGACCAUAUAGCAAGAGCACUGAAUGGCUUUGCGAACUUCCGGUACCGGGCAGGCAAAGACUUCCUGGCCCAGAUAGUCUCAGCCAUACGGACAUCGUUCCUGCCAGACCUGGAAUACCAGUGCUUGGUCUUCUUGCUGGGCCUCCUUACUAACAAGCUUCCAUGGUUCAAAAUCAAGACGAUGCAGCUUCUCUGCGUUAUCGUACCUGAUAUCGAUCUGCGGAAGCCCGAAAUAGCCGCCAAGGGCCCUGACCUUAUCUCACCACUGCUGAGACUACUGCAGACCGAGUUCUGCCCGCAGGCUCUGCAGGUACUCGACAAUGUUAUGACAAUGUCUGGUGCACCGACGCCUCUAGACCGACACCACUUGCGGAUGAGCAUGGCUGGCGCUCAUUCGAGUCGCGCUUUCCGCAAGGAGUACGAGCGCACGCAGAGUUUGUAUGGUAUACCCGAGGAGACUGGAUGGUCAAUUCCCAUGCCGGCCGAUCAAUCUCAAAGCACGAGAAACAAUGUACACGCAGUGUUCUACACUUGUGUGACAAACGCAGCCGUGAGUACUGCCGAAGUCGCGACUCCCAAGAUCGAGUUCCGCCAGGAGGAGGAGUAUCACGGCUACUUCCCUGAAUAUCGAACAGCAACGAUGACCUCUGAGGAAGUCCGAGGUGAUGCUCAUAUCGGAGAGCUUGUUUCGCAACUUGACAGUCUCGACGACUUCUUCGACGACGAGACCAUGGUGGAUAACAACAGUAUGCCCAGCUUGCCCACAAGCCCAGGCUUAAGCCGCUUUACAAGCGCCAAUGGGGUUUCCGACGCUCGCGAGAAUGUCUACGACCAGCAGACGGCGCCGAUACUGCACAAGUCCCUUACGCGCAACGCCAGCGUCACCUCAUUCCAGACCGGCUUUGCAGAUAUGAGAUACUCUCGAGAUCCCGGGAUCAUGACACCCACAGCUUUCACCGCGCCUGCUAUACCACCAGUGCCGACUGUACCCACCUUGGUGGCUGCGCUGGCCCAACCUCGUCCCGGCUUGCACUCGCGAUCUGUGACUUCGCCUCCAACAGUCAUCCAGCGCACGCCUCCCGGGAGUGAAUUUCGACUCGACGAAAACGACGAGUCGAUCUCAGACGAUGAGCUCACGACAUCGCGCGCGUCUACCAAUGACAAACCCUCGACUUUCGACAGAUUUACGCAGGGCACGCGAUCGGGUUGGCGCUCCGCCACGCGCAGGCUGACCGGCGGAGGCGGCGACGCGAGAGACAAGGAGCGGACUCGGGAGGCGAUACGCGCCCAGACGCAGCAGAGCCCGCAGGUACCCAAGGUGCCAGACGUCUACCUGCAAAAUGUCCCAAAUCCUCAGUCGGCCGACCCGUGA